UCGUUUGGUCUGCCACACGAUGAGGCCGGGCCGGCCCGUCAAUGAAGAAGGCCGUCGUGCGACGAGCGAAUCGAUUACUGAUCAACAUGCCCACUGCAGCCACAUCUGUCCAAAAAACUGCAUCUGUGAGCAAGCAGCCUCACUGCAGUGCUUUAGGGUUCAGUCUGUACCACCGCUCAUCUCAAACAACCUGAAGAAAAUACACCUGGGUUACAAUCACCUCAAAGAACUGAAGGCCAGAGAUUUUUCUGGUCUGCCAGGCCUUGAAGAAGUAGUUCUGUCUUCUGGUGGGAUCGAGCAGAUUGACGCCAAUGUGUUCAGAUCUCACGUGUUGUUAAGAACUCUGGACCUUCAAAAAAACUAUUUGAGACAGCUUCCCCGUGGCCUGCCCUCUGGCCUGGAGAUCCUGCAUUUGGGCCACAACAGGAUCCACAGCCUUCAAGAGUCACUCCUGGAGGGCCUCGAGAAGCUGCGGGUCCUGAACCUCCAGAAUAACCAGAUUAGCACCUUGCGCGCAAACACCCUAACAUUACUUCAAAAGCUUGAGUGUCUUUAUCUGGAUGGAAAUCAAAUCGAAUCAAUACAUGGCGCCCCCAGGUUGCCCUUUCUAAAUUUGCUUAGCAUGGGAAGCAACAGGAUCUCCUCCAUAUCAUCAACGUUCUUCUCUUCACUGCAGCUUCUAAAAACGUUCGAUUUGUCUUCAAACCGCUUCACCAAAGUCCCUCAUGAUCUUCCUCGGUCUCUGGUUCAUCUGAACUUGGACAGUAAUCAGAUCCGAUCACUGAGGAAUCGUGACAUGUCCCAGCUGCACAACCUCAUUACUCUUUCUGUCAGCUCUAACAGGCUAGUAUCAGUCGACGGGGGUCUGCGCCUGCCUAAUCUCUCUGUGUGCGAGUUAGCAGGAAACCAGCUACGAAUACUGCCUGGAAGAUUGACCUCUAAACUUGAAAAGCUGGACUGCAGGCAGAACAAUAUCCAGGAAGUCACUAUUCAGCAACUAGCAGGGAUGAAACUACUGAAACAUCUCUUUUUGGAAAACAACUCCAUCCAAAACUUUGAAGCCAAUGCCCUGAGAAACUGCAUUCAACUAACCAGCCUAGCGUUAGAACAGAAUCUGCUUUCUGCUAUUCCUCAUGGCCUUCCAGAGACACUGGUCCGUUUGGAUCUGAAGGGGAACAACAUUGACACGAUACAUGAACGGGAGCUGAAGCCUCUCAGGCGACUGCAGGUGUUAAAUCUGCGCAACAACAAACUCUCCACCCUGCCUGCAUUGAACCUACCAAAACUGAAACUUCUAUAUUUGGAUGGAAACCCAUGGCAGUGCAGCUGUGAACUCCUUGAGGUCAAAAAAGCCCUUUUGGCACAGGAUGUGGAAAUCAGGCCUGAUUUCUGCAGCAAGCCUGUCCAUGAAUCUCUUGAUGAAUGGCGAGCUUAUGUGCUGGCACAAGAUAUCUGUGAGAAGCAGACCAGGGAUUUGUUACUGGAGAGAAAAACUGAUCACAUAGACAACGAGGAAUAUGAUGAUUAUGAUUUGUAA